AAAGCCCCCCCCCCCCCACCAAUCCUGUUUCUCAGGGGCAGUUAAAAUGUGCGCACCUAACCUUACUGCACAAGGAGAUUACCUCUGACCAGAUCACUUUCACACUCAUCCCGCAUUUGUACACUACUUAAUUAGUUCUGAUUGGCUCUCAUCUCUCCAGAAAAGUUUCAUCUUGUUUUUAUUCAUUGACACAAAUGUCAGUACAUUUCCAUCCCAGUUUUUGUGCUUGUGCAUUCGUUUUUAUUUAGUUAUCGUCUUAUUUUUAUCAGAAGAAAAGGUCAUUGAUAAAAACUGAUCAAAAUUAUUGGUCAGUAAAAUGAACACUGUUGUACACGGCCCCGUCCUUUGUCCCCUCAAUGUAAUGAAGUCGCUCUGUAACCUUAGCAGAAAAACAGCCAUAAGGAAUAAUGUUUCCACCUCUGUGCUGGAUGUGGGGAUGCUGCUCUUUGGGUCAUACACAACACGGAGGAUCAGCUGAUGCCAAACAGCUUGAUUUUGGUUUCAUCUGACUUUCUCCUAAGCCUUCUCUGAGUCAUUUAUAUGUUUCUUCCAUUUCCAAAUAAUCACACCAACAGCUGUCACCUUCUCACCAACCUUCCAAUCUGCUGGAGCCAGAAUUCCUGCUGGGUUGGGCAUCACUUCUUUGACUCAAAUGUGUAUAACACCUUCAAAAAUUCGAUUGGUUACAGCCUAUUAAGCCCAAAAUAUAAAAAAUAUACAAGGACAUUAAACGUUAAAAAAAAGCCCAACAACUACAACAAAAAACAACAAAACACCAGAAAUGACUUUUUUUUUGUCACACCUCGUCCUGACAGCCUUGCUGGGUUAUUGUAAGGACUUCUUUGUGACACUCAUUGAGCCAUAAAGCUAAGCCCACUACAUUACUCAUCACACUUGAUCAAUCCAGUGAUGACUCAAAUCAGGAGCAAAGGAGAGCUGGGUCGUCCAUGACUAUCGCACAAGAAAAAGAAAAAAAAAACACUACACAUCACUGUUUGUCCGAAACAAUCUCGGCAGAGCCGCAGGCUACCCGACGCCCUCGCAUUAAAGCACGAAAAAAUAAAACAAUAAAAUGCGAACAUCCUCAAGUCCAGUAAGUCCAAAGAGAGACAGACAGCAGCAGCAGCACAGUGAGAGUGGAGGAGGGAGGCGGUGUAUGCAGUCCAGCCUCACCAGCGCUGCUGUGACGCUACAGCCGGCCGUGGCUCUCUAUCCGGUGCACCCACCUCGCUUUGCACCAUGCAGGAGGUCUUACGAUAAAGAAACCUGUUACUCUCUGCACACGAGAUGGCAGGCGGCAGCACACAGUCCUCCUCCUCCUCCUCCGCAGACUGAUUAGCGGGCGACUCCUGAGAGUCUCGGAUUUCUUUUUUGUGGGGGUCUUUAAUGAGGAUAUUGCCGCAAUGGUGAAGGACAAGGCCGAAAACAGGACGCUCCAGUACCAGCAAACUUUGAUGUAUGGGCGGUACACCCAGGAGCUGGGUGUGUUUGCCAAGGAGGAGGCGGCGCGCCUACGUGAUGGAGGGGUGCGGGACAGCGGUGGAAUGAGGAGGAACGCCAGCGUUCGUAGUCGUGCUGAUCUUCUGGAAUAUGAGAAGGACCCCUGUGCAAAGUGCCAGUUGUGUGCAUCUCGCUGCCAGAAGUUCUUGAUCUCACGGGUGGGGGAGGACUGGAUCUUCCUCAUUCUGCUGGGGCUACUCAUGGCUCUGGUCAGCUGGGUGAUGGACUAUGCCAUCGCCUUCUGCCAAGAAGCACAGAAGUGGAUGUACGGUGGACUGGACAGUAACUUGCUUCUGCAGUACAUUGCCUGGAUCAGCUACCCUGUAGUCCUCAUUACUUUCUCUGCAGGAUUCACACAGAUACUUGCACCUCAGGCUGUGGGUUCAGGUAUUCCAGAGAUGAAGACCAUACUCAGGGGGGUGGUCCUGAAGGAGUAUCUGACUUUUAAGACCUUUGUUGCCAAAGUGAUUGGUCUGACCUGCGCGCUGGGUAGUGGAAUGCCUCUGGGGAAGGAGGGACCCUUCGUUCAUGUUGCCAGUCUGUGCGCCGCUCUCCUGAGCAAAUUUAUGGCUGCUGUUUUUGGUGGGAUUUACAUGGAAGAGCCCUUUGAAGGAAGCAAGAAUGAGUUGAGGAACACGGAGAUGCUGUCGGCUGCCUGUGCGGUGGGUGUGGGCUGCUGCUUUGCUGCCCCUAUUGGAGGGGUGCUGUUCAGUAUUGAGGUCACGUCAACAUUUUUUGCUGUGAGGAACUACUGGAGGGGCUUCUUCGCUGCCACCUUCAGUGCCUUCAUAUUCAGAGUGCUUGCUGUCUGGAAUCAGGAGGAAGAGACCAUCACUGCUCUCUUUAAGACCCGUUUCCGUCUGGACUUCCCGUUUGACCUUCAGGAGCUGCCAGCCUUUGCCAUACUGGGGAUUGCCUGUGGUUUUGGGGGAGCUCUGUUUGUCUACCUGAACCGGCUGAUAGUCGAGUGCAUGAGGAAGCAGAAGACAAUUAACAAGUUCUUGCUGAGGAAUCCAUCUCUUCCUGUCAGGCGUCUGGUGUAUCCUGCGCUUGUCACCCUGCUGAUCUCCACACUCACGUUCCCUCCGGGCUUCGGACAGUUCAUGGCUGGACAGCUGACGCAGCACGAGUCUCUAGUGGCGCUGUUCGACAAUCGGACGUGGUGCCGUCAGGGUGUGGCGGAGGAGUUUGACUACAUCAGCCACCACCAUGCCUGGAAACACCCCCAGGUCAACGUCUUCAUCACGCUCAUCCUCUUCACUGUUAUGAAGUUCUGGAUGUCUGCUGUGGCCACCACCAUGCCCGUUCCAUGCGGAGCCUUCAUGCCUGUUUUUCUUAUUGGUGCAGCAUUUGGCAGACUUGUUGGUGAGAUCAUGGCAGCCAUGUUUCCUGAUGGUAUACAUGCUGCAGGCGGCGUGUAUCCCAUAGUUCCUGGUGGUUAUGCUGUAGUUGGUGCUGCUGCUCUGUCUGGAGCGGUCACCCACACUGUAUCCACAGCGGUCAUAGUGUUCGAGCUGACCGGUCAGAUCUCACACAUCCUGCCUGUGAUGAUCGCUGUGAUCCUGGCCAACGCCGUGGCCCAGGCGCUCCAACCAUCGCUGUACGACUCCAUCAUUCGCAUCAAGAAGCUCCCUUAUCUGCCUGAGCUGGGGAUGGGACAUCACGAGAAGUAUAAUAUCCGUGUGGAGGACAUCAUGGUCAGAGAUGUGCGCUACAUCACUCUUAACUCUUCCUAUCGGGAUCUGCAAGAGAUGUUAAUGACCGGUCAGCUCAAAACGCUGGCCCUGGUUGAAUCCAGAGACUCCAUGAUCCUGCUGGGCUCCAUAGAGCGAUUGCAGCUCCAGUCUCUCCUCUCGCUCCAGCUGUCACGCCAGCGGAGGCUGGAGUACCUCCGCCAGCUGGCGCAGGACAACGGCACGCACGAUCACCUGCCCAGUCUUACCAGUGACAGCACCCCCAGCUCUCCCUGCACCCACACCCACCUCAACUCCUCGACCAAUUCCAGUGCUCGCCAAGCGGUCCGCUUCUUGGUGAGCACUCAACAGAUCUCCACAGAGGAGUCUUCAUCCUUCAGCCCGGUGGUUUCCAAUGUUCAGCUUCCUCUGAAAUCCGCCCUGAAAACCGUGUCUGCCAUCAGCGACACAGAGACGCCAAACAGCUCUCAGACCCUUUCCUGUGCUGACCAAGACAAGGAGCUGCUGGAGAUGCCUUCUCUCCCCGGCUGGAAGAGCCCGGCUGGGCCGGCUCCUUCUGAAAAAAGAAAGCCCAAGCCCAAACGUGUGAGGAUCUCCAUGGCGGACUCUACCGAGGUGGAAGACUGCAUGACCCCCUCAGAGAUAACAGAGUGGGAGGAGCAGCAGCUUGACGAACCGGUGGAUUUCAAGAACUGUAAGAUUGAUCCGGCACCCUUCCAGCUGGUGGAGCAAACAUCUCUGCAUAAGACUCACACCAUCUUCUCUCUCCUUGGUCUGGACCACGCCUAUGUGACCAGCAUGGGACGACUGGUUGGAGUGGUUUCUCUCAAAGAGCUGCGUAAGGCCAUCGAAGGCUCAGUGACGGUGACUGGAGUGAAAGUGCGCCCUCCGCUGGCCAGUUUCCGUGACAGUGGGAACACCACAAAUGUAUCCGAGGUAACUGAACUUCACAAGCUGUGCAUCCGCCACAGGGGGCUCUCUUUGCCACGGGAACCCAACCCUCCAAAUGUGGAGGAUCAGCCAGAUCUCCAGUACAAAGAGAUCCCUGUCAACUUUUCGGACGAAACAAACGUGCAGUUCGAAGCCAGCCCCGGCGACAUCACAAAUCCGUCGUCAGAGCUGCCGCUCCAGGAAAGCCCCUCGUUCACAGAGGAUCAGUCUGAGUUUACUUUUGACUGCAGCCCCUCCCACACUGAGGAAUCGGAGCUGGCCUGUGACUAUGACCCCUCCAACCAAACUCCUGAGCCAGAUGAAAUGGAGCAAGAGGAGGCGCCUCCGUCUCUAAACAACAGCCAAUCAGAACCUGGGGGGGAGGGUAGCACAGGCCACACUGAGGAUCAGUCGGAAUGAUCAGAUCCACACUGUCGCCUCAUGAAUGUUGACGUUUCUUACGUUUGUUGGGGUCACACUCACCUCCAAGUCCAGCCUAGAUACUCGUGGUUCAAACGUGGUUGUGGUACGACAGUGAGCGAGUGAGAGUGAGCGAGAGCUUGAAGGAUAUAUGAGGGAUAAAGCUGGUUUUGUUUUAUGUUUUUAAUGCUGACACCUUAUCUCCUGGAAGGACCAAAAGUAGCACUUUCUGACCAAAAGAGUCAAUAUUUACAGGGUAUAAAAUUCAAAUGUCAGGAUUUUUGGUUUUAAAAUGUUUCUCUGCUCCACCUGCCGAAGACAGUGAAGUUGAAUCCACAAUUUGUAAACUGGUUUCUCCAUCCAUCCAGCCAUCCUUACCUGUGAAACCAAGAACACAGUACUCAGUAACAGAUUGGUGGCUGGUAAGCAUACCCUGAAUAAUCUCCGUUCCGAGCUAAUAAAGGCCAUAUUUUACAAAAAGAGCGUCAUAUUAUAUUAUAAAUAAUCUGUAACUAGCGUUUGACCCAAAGAGUCAUCAGAAACUUUGGGAAAGGAUCACUUUCACGUAGACAAUACACUAUUCUACACUUUUCUGGUGGUCUUUCUGCCACCAGAGGAGUCGCCCCCUGCUGGCCUCCAUAAAGAAUGCCAAGUCUGAUUGGAGGGCUCAGGGGGUUGGAAUGAGAGGGCUCUUUGUAGUCUUUUCUGCUGUGUUAACCUGGAUUUAUGGUCCAGUAGCAUUGGCUUUAAUUUUUCUCCCCUGCUUGUUCUUCUUUUCUUUACUUUUGUUAAAUGCCAGCUGCUGGACAAAGAGUUUAUACACAUACGUGCAUCCAGCGGUCCAUUAUCAUGAAAUCCAGCUGUCAGCUUGCAGCUGGUUGUAGUUGGAGAUGAUGAGUUUGACCUCCUUAUCUUCCUCUCUUGCCUCUCUCUAUCUCCUCUUUCACUCCUCCAGUUCUUUUAAUCAGUGUUUCUCUUCUCCUCCUUUUUUACCACCUCCAUAAUCCAUCACGGCUUGCUGCCUCAUCUUUGAAGCUCACUUCUAGAGCAUCACAAGUGUUUAUCUGGGGUUGUCUACUCCUUCUCAGCUCCUUGUCUAAUUGAUUGUGGUCAAGGGUCUAAGCAAGAGCUUUACUGAGUCUGUACUUUACAUUUUUUCUUUUUCUUUUUUGUGCUUUAAAAGAGCUCAACUUUUUAUUUGAGCUCUUCCCUGAGUCUUCUCACUUGCUGCUUUUGCCCAUCUUCCACAAGGCCAGUCUGCUCCUUUUGAGAUCUGUUCCCCUCCUUGAGACACUUUAUCUCUAUGAUGGCAGAGCAGAGGCCAUCUCUCAGUCCCCGCACAGCUGAGUUUUGAGGGGAGUUGGUCAGUGUGCUAUUUCACACUGAAGCUGCUCUCUUCAAACUGCAUUAGCCCAAAUCCCUUAAAGAUGGAAACAUACUUAUCAUUAAAGUCCAGGCACACAAACAUUAAAACAGCAAUAUGCCAAUAGGAUCCUUUUUCUCAUCUUAUUUUAAAGCACAAAGUACGACGAGGACGAGGAUGAAAUCACAGAAAAAAAGAGUUAGGAAGGUUUGUGGAAAAACAUGAAAAAAGGGGGCUGAGUCUCAUCUGUGACUGCUGCUUUUGCACUUCCUUUAGGGCUGAACAUUUCCUUUUUUUGUCUGUUUUGUUGGUUUGAGGCAACAAAACUUGGUUUAUGCUAAAACAAAACCCAAACAAACAAAGAAAACAACAACUAUGGAUUAAAAUACACAAUUUACAAAAAUAAAAUGAUGCUAAAGGGAUACCGAGUACUUUCACAUGUAAUGCCUCCGUGUCAGUGUGGGUGACUGUAGGGACGAGUAGUACGAGUAGGGACUGAGAAGGUUGUUCUCUAUGGACAGCACUCAUUACAGUAAAAGUCAUCAAGGAGCAAAACUGUACUUUAUUUUAUUUAUUUUAGCUAUGGCAUCACAUCUGUCACCCAUCUGUCUGUCCACAAGUCGUAGGAAUCGCUCCUCCGACGACAGUAUUAGUCAGAUUUUGUUUCAUUUAGCUCCGUUUGAUCGAGAAUGCUACUGUUGCAGCAAGUUGGUUCAUGAAGUUUCUUCCUUCCUGGAUAUUCCACAAUCAACUGUAAGUGGUUUUAUUGAAAAGUGGAAGUGUUUAGCAACCACAGGAACUCAGUCCCAAAGUGUCAGAUUACAUAAAGUGACAGAGUGAGCAAAGAGCUUCAAUCCUCCUCUGGCAUUAACAUUUUUCAAUUCAAUUUUAUUUAUAUAGCACCAAAUCACAACAACAGUCACCUCAAGGUGCUUUAUAUUGUAAGGGAGACCCUACAAUAAUACAACAGAGAAAAACCCAA